AGAAGUGACAUCUCUUGGCGAUCAACUCAAUUGGAUUUUCUUUUCUUUUUUCUUAUUUGAUGUUUAAUCUAAUGAGUAACAACAACAACAAACAUCAUCAUAAUCACAAUUAACAAAUAUGUCAAAAAGUCCAUCAAAUCAUGUAACUGAAUUGUUCGAUCAAUUUAUUAAUGGAACUACACUAAAAUCUGUGUUAAUUACUUUUCGUAGAAUUUGCCUUCUAUUGGAUCUCGAGCCUGGACCUUUCAACCAGUUCUACCCCACCCUUAAGAAAGGAAUAGUUUGUAACAAGAAUUGGAAGUCACAGUCAAUAUUUUCUAAAAUAGAAAAGAAAGCCUUCAAUAAGAUUUAUCAUUCAUCAGGGUCAAGUAGUGGAUCUUCUGGUAUUGGGGGAAGAAAUAGUGCUAAUAGUCAUCAUCAUCACCAUCACCACCAUCAUUCCGGUUCACCUCAUGGAUCUAAUAAUGUUCUCAAAAAUAAUAAUUGUCUGGUUAUCGGUGGUGGACCUUGUGGUCUACGAACAGCAAUUGAAUUACAACUACUUGGUGCUCAUCACGUAAUUAUAACAGAGAAACGAGAUAGAUUCUCACGUAAUAAUGUACUUCAUUUAUGGCCUUUUGUAAUUGCUGAUCUUAAGCAAUUGGCUGGUAAAAAGUUUUACGGAAAAUUUUGUGCAGGCUCCAUCGAUCAUGUCAGCAUAAGGCAACUUCAAUUGAUGCUAUUGAAAGUAGCUCUCAUCAUUGGAUGUGAAUUUAUCGAGAAUGUGACCUUUGAAGAGAUUUGUCCUCACAAUAUCCGAUUAUCUCGAGAGUCAAUUAAAGAAACCAGUCCAGAAUCAGAGAUCGAUGGAUCUUGUGCAAGUAAAGAAAACAAACAAUCCCACCAAUCACCAACCAAACGAAAGCUUUAUUCAACAACAGAGGAAAUUGAAUGUAACAAAAAAGGGACAAAUUGUGAUCCUGAUAAAAAACCACCACCACCGCUACCAACAACAACAAUCAAUUGUGACAAUCAAGAGAAUCAAGAUAUUUCUAAUAUUGUCAACAAUGAUAGUGAUAAUAAAGUUAUUGAUUGUUCAUCAUCAAAUGAUUACCAUGGUAUUGGAAAAACAGAAUCCCGUCGGCUUUCAAUUUGUUCCUGUUGUUGUCAUCUUCACCGUUCAUCUUCCUUCACAGAUGAGAGUGGGCGUCCUUUUUGGUCUCAUCUUCCUAAAAAUUAUAUUGGUGCUUAUGCCCACUUUAGUCUUACCUCAUCAACACCCAGCACCGCAACAACCUUGGUUAAUUAUGAUCUUUUAUUAGAAAAAUUACACACUUAUCCAUUUGAUAUUCUAAUCGGUGGUGACGGAAGACGAAAUACACUCAAUGAUAAUUUCCCUCGUAAAGAGUUCAGAGGGAAAUUAGCGAUCGCCAUAACAGCCAAUUUUAUCAACAAUCACACCCUGGCAGAAGCUCAGGUACCUGAAAUAUCUGGAAUCUCUUUCAUAUACCACCAGGAAAUGUUCAAAUCUUUAUACGAUGAGACUGGAAUCGAUUUGGAAAAUAUCUGUUAUUAUAAAGACGAUACCCAUUAUUUUGUGAUGACCGCCAAGAAAAGUUCACUACUUCAACGAGGUGUAUUGAUUAACGAUUAUUCAGAUACUCGAGCUCUUUUGGCCUCAACCAAUAUUGAUCGAAGUCAGUUACUGGCCUACGCCCGAGAUGCUGCCAAAUGGACUACCGGCUUGGAUACUCCUAAUUUUGCUCUUAAUCAUUAUGGAGAAGCUGAUGUAGCCAUGUUUGAUUUCACCUCAAUGUACGCUGCCGAUAAUGCUUGUCGAGCUAUGAGAAUAGUUCGUAGCGGGUACGCUAAUCAUCAACAUAAUUGUUCACGAUGUAACUGUGAUAAUGAACCUUGUAAAAAGUCAAAAAGUGAUACAAUUAACGAUGGCAAUGAUUUUGCUCCCUUUAACAAAUCGUCAAAUGUUGACAAUGUAUCUGAUUAUAUGGACAUGGAAGGAGUUGAAGGAGACAUGGCAGAUUUUGGUCACAAUGAAGGAUUAUUAUUAAUUAGUCUUGUCGGUGAUUCGCUUUUGGAACCUUUUUGGCCCACUGGGUCGGGUUGUGGCCGUGGAUUCCUUUCAGCUAUGGACUCUGCUUGGUUAGCGCGUCAAUGGGCUGUUAAACGAUGUAAAUCUAUUCGAGAUGAAGAGAGAAUACUUGAAGUUCUCUCUGAACGGGAAUCAAUUUAUCGACUUUUGGCUCAAACAAAAUCAGAAAAUUUAAGUCAAAACUGUGCCUCUUACACAAUCAACCCUGUCACUCGUUAUCCUAAUCUCAACUCAUCGACUCUCUUGCCCCACCAGUGUCAACAUCUUCUUUAUGAUCAUUUACCUUUACCAUUAAUUGAACCUCGGUCUAAAUUGACUAUGGCUGAGAAACGAGCUCGUCGAGCAACUAUUGCGACAACUGUACCAUUUUCUGGUGGAAAUGGUGCUACAGGUGCAUGUGGAGAAGGUGAAAUAAUCAUGGAAUCACGAGCUCGAGUUGAAAGGGAAUUCAUGGCAAUUUCACGUGAACGUGAACGAAAUCAACGUAACAAUGAAUCAAACACUAACAAUGGUGAGAGAUUUGUCGGCUUUAGUGGUCGCUCUUAUGGUACAGCAUCGACGGCAGUUACUAUGGAAGACGAUGAAAAUAAUCUUGCAACUCAUCGAGAAUUUGAAGAUUCUCUUGCAGCUUUCGAGGAAAAUUAUCGUGGACUAAUGACCGCUGAAAAUGAUUUAUCGGGUUUAGGAUUAGUUGAAGGGAAUGGAAGCCAAUUAUCAACCUCAGUUCCUAAUCGAUCCCACGUUCACAAUGCAACCAAUUUCGCUCUUGAUUUGUCACCUUCAGCAUCCAAUUUAAUCACAAUGGCCAAAUCAAGAGCUCGGGACAUUGAAAGUGCUUUUCGUCAUCGUCGACAACGUCAAUCUCAAUUUAAACGAUCUGAAACCAAUUCGGAUGAUUUACCACCUGUUGAAGGCGGAGGUAAAGUCCACCAAAAAGCUCAACAACAAUGUAUUAAUCACCUUAGAUCGCAGCUUCGGUCCAAAGCGGCCUGGUUUUUAGACCAAAAAGCAUCAGAGGCCGCCAGCAAUAACGAUAAAGAGUCAACAUCAUCACUAAUCAAACGAGGAUCAUUCAAUGAACGAAUCAAAGAUUUAGAAGCUAAAUUGUAUGCAGCAUCAGGCCUUUCCUACCUUUCCGACGAUUCUGAUAAAGAUGACCCUAGUCCACCGGUCAGACUUCCGUCUACCAAAACUGGAAUUAAUGUAAUGAUGACCGCGAGCCAAUUGCAACAAUUAUUCAAUCCUAAAUUUCAGGAGGAAAAGUUAAAGCAAGAAGCCAAAUUAAAAUCCACUAAAGACAUUAAAUAUGUUGGUAAAAUAACUAAAUCAGAUUGGAAUGUGAAACCAUUUGAAGAAGGAACAAUUAACAAUGAAUCAAGUAAAGUUACCAAUUCUAAACCUAAAUCACCUCCACCACCCCAACGUGUUGAAUUGUUUCGUAAUAAAUUGAAUGAUAUACAAAACAAACUUGAACAUAUCGACGAUCAUCAUCAACCCGAAAGACGAUCUCGAUUGGACUCACUGGAGAAAGGAGGUGUCGCUGGAGGUGAAUGGAUUUCGAUGUUGAAAAAUGAACUUAAUGAAAAAGUGUCCAAAAAACCGGACAUUCAAGGGGAACCCUCAGUUUUACGUCGAUCACCAUCGAUUCUUGAUAAUCCAUUCCGUAAAGAAGCGCGUAAAGAGGCCGCAGCUAAAUCAUUGAAUAAAUUAUCUAAAUCACCAACAUCACCUUCACCAUCAGCAGCAUCAUUUAAGGAAAGGAUAACAAUCGUUGAGCGGUCUGGGUCAAUUGUGUCCAAAGUUUGUGCUAAAUGUGGCCUUAUUGUGGCGACAGUUGACAAGAUUUUAAUCUCGGGAACUUUAUUUCAUCGAAGUUGCUUGAAAUGUAUUUCUUGUGGUGUUACCUUGCGAAUGUCAGAGGUUCGUAAUACAAAUGGAUCAUCGGGUGUUGGUAGUUUAGCCUCACUUAUCACCGGAACUGUGACCGUACUUAAUACCAGUAAACGAGAUCGUCCAUUAUCAGGUCAUCACGAGAAUGGUGGAUUUAAUUAUAAGUGUACUAAUUGUAGUAGUGGUAAAUCACCUCGAUCUACUUCAACCUCGACUUCAGUGAUUGGUAAAUUAAUGGGAAAUCGUUAUGAUGUCAAUAAUAUUAAAUCAAGUAUCACCUCAUUAUCAUCAGUAGCAUCUUCAUCAUCAACCUCUUCAGGUGUAACACCAACAACAACAAUUGAUAAUCGGAUGACUAGUUCAUUUGAUGGUAAUUUAGAGCCAUUGGCUAAAAGUAUGUCCGCUCGAUUGGUUAAUAAAAUGGCCUCAACAACAGAUGAUUAUGAAGCUCGAUUAAAGGAAAGGAUGAAGUGGAAAGAAAUGUUUCUAUUAAAUAAUGAUAAUAAUGAUUUAACCGGUGGGUCUAAUAUGCCGUCAGGUGAAAGUGGUGUUGGUCAAACUAAAACGGACGGUGUGGCCUCAUGUGUGGACAAUAAUCUUAAUGGUUCUAAUAAGAAAAAGGUCAAUUUAUCUCCGGCAUCAGGAGGAAGACGGGAAAGUGGAUCAGCAUCUAAAGCAGCAGAAAUGUCUGAAAGUUUCAGGAACAGAUUAAAUGAACGAAUUGAAUAUGAAAAUAUCUCCAUGUCCUCAGAGAUGGUCGAUGAUGAUGAAUUAACCAAAUUGUUGAAUCUCGGCUCUGAUCAUUGGGAUUCUGCUGGUGAAGUAGAUGAUGAUGAUGAAGACGAAGACGAUGAAGAUGAGGAUGAAAGUGAUAAAGAUGAUUCUGAUUCUGAUGACGAAGAUGAUGAAGACGACGAUGAUAAUAAAAUCCGAGCUAGAGGAAUAGUAAGAGUCGAGAAAAGUCCAGUUAAAAGUAAAGAUGAUAAAAGUGUAAAGAAAAGUGAUACAAAGGAAAAGGAUGUUAAUAAUGAUGAUGAUGAAGAUGAAGAGGGAGAUGUUGAUGAUGAUGAAGAUAGACAAACAACUUCGUCAGCAUCUGAUUCAUGGGAUUCAAGUGAUUCAACUGAUAAUGAUUUUGAUUCAGAUCAGUUUGAUGAAAGCGGUGUUUCUGAUGCUGCUGAUUUAAUUAAUCAACGACAUAAAAAUUUAGCUUCAUCUUCAUCAUCAAUAGAUAUUGGUGAGAAUGGGAAAAACAAUCCUCUUAAUCAUCGUCGAUCUCCACAACAAUUACAUUCAAAAUCAUCUUCAACAAUUAACCAUCAUCAUCGUAAAUCAAGUAAAGAGGAUAAAUUAAAAUUACCACAAAUUGUUGUUCAUAAGGAACCAAAUGAAUCAUCAGCUGUUUCAUCAACCUCAGCCAUUGAUACAUCAACAAUUGAAUCAAAAGAUACAUUGAUUAACAAUACAACUGAAUCAAUUGAAACAAGUGAUACAAGUUGUCAACCUGGUGAAAGUUUAUCAUCAACAACGAUUACACCGAACUUACAAUCAAGUGAAUUGAUUAGUUCGUCGGAUAAGAUUACACCGAUUUCUGAUUCAACUUUGAGGAUUGGUGAUGAUGAUAAAGAGGAAGAUGAUAGUGAUAAGACAGAGAAAAAUUCAUCAGAAAAUGCUGGUGGUUCAGAUGAUUCUGAUACAAUUAAUAGUAAAAUAAAGGAUCUGGAGGAUAUUAAUCAACCCAAACAAGAAGUUCCAACAGUUACACCAACACUUGACGAACGAGAGUUUCAAUUGAUUGUUGAUGAAAUGGAAAAGAAAUCAAGUCCAUCAAAUGUUACCUCAAGUAAUUAUAACAAUAAUGUUGCCACCAAGGAGCCGAUUCUUAAGACAAUUAAUAACAAUAUCGUCACUGGUGAUCAGAUUUCUUCGGACAAUUUUGAUUCUGAUGAUGAUUCAAAGACGAGUCUUUCAUCAUUGAGUAUAAAUGUUAGUGAUACUUAUGAUGAUAUUAAUUUAUUAUCCGUUUGGGAUGAAUCAGGUAAUUGUGAUGAUGACCUUGACGAUUCACCAGUAAAACCAAAAUCAUUGACAAAAAAGUCAAAAUUAGUUAAUCGUAAGGAUAAUUCAAGUAAAAAGAAGCCAACAAUCAAUGAAGGCAAACGAGCAACAAUUAGUGGCUUAUUUAAGUCUAAAACCGAUGCUUCGAUUCUUGACAAUCACCAUCAACGUUAUCAGAACAAUUUAAAUCUUAAACCCAAUUACCUGGGAAGGAGAGAAUUAGAAUCAGGGAAAAGUAAGGUAUUAUUACCUAAUUGUGAUGCCAAAAAAGAUGACAAAUCAUCAUCCCGAAUAUCAUCAUCAGUGGAUAGUAAUUAUGAUUACAAUGAAACCAAUUAUCAGGCCAAAAUGUCACCAAAAGGUGAAACCUACUCAAAGAUACCUGUUCUUGCUGCAAGGGUAAUUGCUGCAAAUGAAGGUUCAGCAAUUACAAGUAUUGAUUAUGAUCAAUCAGCUGGGAUAACAACAAUCAAUGAGGUUCCACAAUCAACAACGAAAAUCGUCCCAUCGAAAUACAAACCAAGUUAUUCAGGUUCAUUCACUGAGAAAUUGUUACAACGAUGUCGGUCAUCACCUUCGAUACCUGGAAUUGGUGAUUCAUUAACUCGUUGGUCAACAUCAAAGUUACAAUUAUCAUCACCAAACAAAGUACUCAAUUUAACCAAAGCCUUAAAUGCUCAGACUUCAAACAAUAAAGCAUCAUCAUCAUCUCCACCAUCCCAACAUCGCCAACAACAAGCAUCAUUUAAAGAGACUCAUCAAUCACCAAUUUGGUCCAAGUUGAUUAAAUCUCAACAUAAUCAAGUUAAACAACAAGAGUCUCAAAAUGAACAACAACAACAACAAUCAACUGGAACCAAGAGACAGCCAAGUCAUUGCUCUUUACCUUUUGCUGAUUCUUAUGAAAACACCUCCACAAUUCAACAACAAUUUAAACAAUCAAAUCGUUCAACAAUUAAUCCUUCAUCAUCAUCUAAAGAUCAUCAUCAAGCUAAAUCAUCACCAAAUCAAUCUAAACAAAGUAUCAACCCUACACUUCCCCGUAUAACUGGUACAACCGCUAAAACUGUCAACCCAACCAUUGAUUCAAUUAAAUCAUCUUCAUCCAAACUCUCUCAAGCUCCUCGAGCAACACUUGAUGAAGAUAUGUUUGAUGAUGAUGAAACUCUUGAAAGAAUAUCAUCUUCAUCCUCAUCAUCAUCUUCUCCCUCAAGAAAACAGCAAGUUCACCAAUCUAAUUACCGUCAAUGCCAUAAAUCACCAAGUAAACCAGCAAAUACUUCAAUAUCUCCAGCUUCAGAUGGUAAUCAAAUUAAAUUAAAACCAAUCAAAUUAAACUAUAAAAAUUAAGCACAAAAAAUGCCUUCAUUGUAAAACAACAAGAACCACAAUUAGCAAUUUUAAUCAACAGCCAGAAAUCACAAUUUACAUUUGUUAAUAAUAAGACAUUUUAAAAAACUGUAACUUUAUCCUCCUAAUUACGAUUAUGAUUAUUACAAUUACGCUAAUUUUAAUCAAUACUGAUAAUUGUAAUUAGUUAAACUGUUUCAUUGUUGUCAUCGUCAUCAUCUUACACUCCUCAUCUUAAACAUUAUAAUGAUUAUUAUUUCCAUAAUUAAUCAGUACCUUUUAAUGACGUUUCUCAUCUCGAGAUUAUUGUGAAUUUGAAAUGGAAAUGAAAUAAUAACGAUAAAUAAAUUUCUAUUUAAUUACAAUUAUAACUAAACAAUUGAAUUUAUCCUAAUUGAGAAUUAGCCCUCGAGAAUAAAUUAAUCGGCCAAAGUAAAUCCCUCGAAAUGCCCAAAAGGUAAACGGCUAAUCGAUUGAACGAAUAUCGAGUUUGCAGAUAAACUAUUUAGUUUUCGGUAUAAAAUAAAACAGAAAAAUGGCCAAUGGUCAGUCUAGUUUUCUCCUUCAUCUUGUCAACUAUUGAUUCUUUCGUUUCUAAUUAGUUGUUAGUCUUCACCGAAUUAAUUCAAUUGUUAACCAUGAAAAUGAAUUUCUCCUUCCUCUUGAUUUUCUCAAUCAUCUUUACCAUUUUCACUUCAGUGUCUUCAGCAAAUGAUCUUGAAGAUCAUUUUGACGACGAUGCCGAUGAAUUUGAUUCUCGCAACAGUGACAUCGACUUCCAUCCCUAUGCUAAUCCGAUCUACAAGCCCACCAAAAAGGUCGCAGUUAAGCCCACCGUCUACAAGAAAACCACCACUACAACGACUCCAUUGCCUCCUUCAUAUGCAUCGACUGUUUUACCUCCUCGACCAAUCGGUUAUCCAAGUGCAGCGAAACCAACGAAGAAAGUGAAACCUUGUCGAUUGGCGAAACUCUUGAAGAAACUCGGACUGAAGAGAAAGUUGAAGAACAAAAAAGUCGAAAUCAUGAAUAAAAUCAAGAAAUUGAAGCAAAUGAAAAAAGAGAAGAAGGAGAAAAUGAUGAAGAAAGUGAAGAAAAUCAAGAAGACGAAGGAACCAGAACAUCAAGUUUACUCGAAAAAUCCCUCGAAUUUGGUGUACGAAUCGAACUACAAGGAAAAGGUCAAAGAUUAUGGUUACAAUUCGAACGCAGUUAAACAAAGAUCCAUCGAUCCAGAAGAAAAUGAAUCGGAAAAUUAAUUCUAAUCAUUUGGUUUCUAGUCCGAUUCUCAUCUUCAUCUCAUUAAAGCUAAAGAAACUUUUCCAUAGUCCAAAUUACUAUUCAAAUUAUCAUUUUUUCUAAAUAUUAUCAAUAAAAUAAUUCAUCUCAAAA